UCGAGCCGACGCAAGUAACGCUGGAAUAUGGUCAAUUGAGAAUAGAAGAAUAAAAACAAAAUUAGCGACCCAUGUUAAGUUUUCAUAAGGAACUGGAGAGUUUCAAAGAAAGAGUCAGCAGCCAAACACGCCUCGCCAGGGAGCAAUGCCGUGAGAGAGAGAAAGAGGAACAGAGAUCUACAGGCAGUUUCCAGAAACAGACCCCUGGGUGUGUGUUGUCGUGUGUGGUUUUCCAUGGACGGGGAUGUACGGGACCAUGUGACCAGCUGACCUUUCCGCACAACAUCGCAGCACCAUGAUGAACUCCUAGCCAGAGCUGUGCCUCGCCACGGACCGGGGCCUGCCGCCAACCAGUCCGUGGGUGACCUCUGACCUUCGCCCCCAUACACAACCAACGACCACUAGACCUCGUCUCUACUGUCCCUGAGAGUAGGCUUGUCCCCAGAUAGAGGCCAAGGGACGACAGACAAAAGGACACCUGCGCUCUGUCUUUCCGAUAGAAACCCAACAGCUAGCAGAAGCUGGGCAGUAGCAUGCAGUCUGAGGAGGGCACAGAAUGGCUCCUGGAGCUGCUGAUGGAGGUGCAGCUGCAGCAGUACCUUUUGCGUAUCCGUGACGACCUUAACGUGACGCUCAUCUCCCACUUCGACUACGUCAAAAACGAGGACCUGGAGAAGAUCGGCAUGGGGCGGCCCGGGCAGAGACGGCUGUGGGAGGCGGUCAAGAGGAGGAAAGCCAUGUCCAAGCGCAAGUCCUGGAUGAGCAAGGUGUUCAGCGGGAAGCGGCCGGACGUUGGGGACUUCCAGCAGGCGGCCCCCACCUCCUCCUUCCGCAAGCUGUCCCCUACGCCGCCCCCCCAGCAGCAGACACUCAGCUGUCUGAUCAGUGAGAAGGAUCUGGUCCUCUUCCAGAAGCUGGGCGAAGGCUCCUUCGGCGUGGUCAAAAGGGGCGAGUGGUUCAUGCCCGCUGGGAAAGUGUUGGAGGUAGCAGUAAAGUGUUUAAAGACAGACGUUCUGAGUCAGCCGGACGCUCUGGACGACUUCAUCUGCGAGGUGAACGCCAUGCACUCCCUGGAUCACCAGAACCUCAUCAGGCUGUACGGGGUGGUGCUCACACGCCCCAUGAAGAUGGUGACUGAACUAGCCCCGCUGGGCUCCCUGCUGGACCAUCUGCGCUGCGUUCCGACGCAGGGCCCCGUCCUCAUCCACACGCUGUGCCAGUACGCCGUGCAGGUGGCGUGCGGCAUGGCCUACCUGGAGCAGCGCCGCUUCAUCCACCGCGACCUGGCCGCCCGCAACAUCCUACUGGCGUCGGCCGAAACGGUGAAGAUCGGCGACUUCGGCCUGAUGCGAGCGCUACCCAACAACCACGAGCACUACGUGAUGCAGGAGCACCGCAAGGUGCCGUUCGCCUGGUGUGCCCCUGAGAGCCUGAAGACACGGACGUUCUCCCACGCUACAGACACCUGGAUGUUCGGGGUGACGCUGUGGGAGAUGUGUACCCACGGACAGGAGCCCUGGCUGGGUCUCAACGGCAGUCAGAUCUUACACAAGAUAGACAAGGAGGGUGAGCGUCUGCCCAAGCCAGAGGACUGUCCCCAGGACCUCUACAACGUCAUGCUGCAGUGCUGGGCCCAGAAACCUGACGACAGGCCCACAUUCCUCGCCCUCAGGGAGUUCCUGCUCGAGACUAUGCCAACAGACAUGUGUGCGCUGCAGGACUUUGAUGAGGCUGACAAGCUUCAGAUUCAGGUUGACGACGUCAUCACCAUCAUCGAGGGCAGAGCGGAGAACUACUGGUGGCGGGGCCAGAACAAACGCACGCUGAAGGUGGGCCAGUUCCCCAGGAACGUGGUGACCUCCGUUGCGGGCCUGUCGGCCCACGACAUCAGCAGGCCCCUUAAACACAGCUUCAUCCACACUGGCCAUGGAGACUCCGACCCACACCGCUGCUGGGGCUUCCCAGACCGCAUUGACGAUCUGUAUUUAGGAAACCCCAUGGACCCACCAGAUGUCUUGGGGUUGGACCUCAAUGCUGCCCGGCCCACUCAGCUACUGGGACGAGCAAAAAAGCCAUGCUACGACUCAGUGACUGAGGACGAGGAGCUGACCGCCUCAGGCCUCAAGAGGCUGUCGCUACGGAAAGCAAGUUCCAUCCUCAAGCUCAAACCCGCCGCCUGGGUCUCCGCCUCCAAACAGGGGGAACGGACUACGGGUUCAGGCCACACCCCCAGCAAGGUGUCGCUCAUCGACUUUGAGCAGGAGUUUCCCCCGGCCACACCCUCUCCCUCCACAGUGGCGGAGCUACAGUUGCCCUCAUUGGUCAAGCUGGCUCUGGAGGCGGAGUCUAUUCUGGACAGGACUCCUCCUCAGAGCCCAUGGUGCUCGCUGCCUUGCCCUUUACACCCCACGCCAGUGGUGGACUGGGACGCCCGCCCCUUACCUCCACCUCCUGCGUACGAUGACGUGGCGCAGGACGAGGAGGACAUGGAGGUGAGCUCCAUCAACAGCUUGGAGCAGCGACAGCAGGGGGGGAUGGGUGAGAGCCACAGCCCCACGGAGGCCUUCCCGGCUGGGGAGGAGGGGAAACCCCUGGGGGACAACCUCUUCUUACCCUCCCAGCAGGACCAGGCCUACACAUCCUUCUCCCAGUCAGCAGAGAUAUUUCAGGAGCUCCAGCAGGAGUGCAUGAGGAGGCUCAAUGUGCCCACAGGAGGAGUUCCCCAGCCCCCCUCUCCGUCACCGAGCUCAGGCCUCCAGUCCAUAGACGUGCACCGCCAUAUCGUCCUGUCCUUCUCCGAGGACAAGCCCCAGAUCCCUCCCCGCAUUCCCAUCCCGCCUCGCCCCGUCAAACAAGGGGACUACACCCGCUGGUCCGGUGACCUCUCCCUGUCCCCGACUCCAGCUUCAGAGGAAGUCCAGGACCGGCCCCCUCAGAUCCCCCCACGGAACCCCCUGUCCCAGCCAGGCUCACGCACCCCCAGUCCCAUGGGGCUCCAGGUGGGCUCCCCCCAGCAGAGGACAAUGGUUUGCCCCAGCGCCCCUCUUCCGGCCACAUACGGAUCCUACCUCUCCACAUCCCCAGGGAUGAUCAUGCCCACUACGCACAGCUUUGCCUCGGACCCAAAAUACGCCGCGCUCAAGGUCAUCCAAGCACAAGCCCAGGGUAAGGACCUGGCCAAGGGGCCAUGCAUCCUGCCCAUUGUCCGCGACGGUCGCAAAGUCAGCAACACGCAUUACUACCUCCUGCCCGAGAGGCCGCCUUACCUGGACCGCUACGACCGCUUCUUCAGGGAAGCAGGAAACGUGCCGACCGGUGGCGGCGGUGGGAUCUGUGAGGAGAGGCAGCAGGCCAACACGGCCACGGUCAGGCCCAUGGUGGUAAACCAGCAGCAGCAGAGCAAAGGAGGAGAUAUCAAGGCCAACUUCUCCAACAACAACAGCAGUCUGGGCUGCCGGCCGGGCAUUAAGGCCUCCAUCAGCCUGCCUAGGGUCAGCUCUGAGUGGUCAGCCAGCAGGGCAGUGGGUGGAAUCACAACAGACCAGGUCAAGAUGGUGCAGGAGGCGGUACAUGGCGUGACUGUAGAGGAGUGUCAGACAGCCCUCCAGAACCACAACUGGAAUGUGCAGAAAGCUGUGCACUACCUCAAGGUUGAGCAGCUGUUCUGUCUUGGCCUGAAGACCAGGCUGGAGUGUCUCAAGAUGCUGGAGAUGUACAACUGGAACCUGGAAGUGGCCAGCACUCAGCUGCUGGACUCCUACAGCUCUGUCACGCAAAGGCGGUGACCGAUGCUAGGAGCAACUGCAGAAGUUUUUUAAUUUGUCAUCUGUCUUUGAGGGGACGGAGUCUGCUACCAUCCCUCUUUUAUGACUUGCCAGACACGCCCCUUAAGAAGACGGGGAUUUGAGUAUGGACCUGGGGUACAUUUGACUGUGUGAUGGGCCAUGGCUGUAGUCUUGCCUACUGUACACUGAGACCUGGAUAGGUGGUUUCCAUGUGGUUGAUACCAUUCCAUUGACUCCAUUCCAGACAUUAUUAUGAGCCGUCCUCCCCUGAGCAGCCUCCACUGAGGACCGGGGGUUAGCCUCCACACUGAGGCCCAGGGGGCUAGCCUCCACACUGAGGACCAGGGGGCUAGCCUCCACACUGAGGCCCAGGGGGCUAGCCUCCACUGAGGACCAUGGGGUUAGCCUCCACUGAGGACUAGGGGGCUAGCCUCCACACUGAGGACCAGGGGGUUAGCCUCCACUGAGGCCCAGGAGGCUAGCCUCCACACUGAGGCCCAGGAGGCUAGCCUCUGACGAGCAGGAGGCUAGUCUCCACACUGAGGACCAGGGGGCUAGCCUCCACACUGAGGACCAGGGGGCUAGUUUCCACACUGAGGACCAGGGGGCUAGCCUCCACACUGAGGACCAGGGGGCUAGCCUCCACACUGAGGACCAGGGGGCUAGCCUCCACACUGAGGACCAGGAGGCUAGCCUCCACACUAAGGACCAGGCGGCUAGCCUCCACUGAGGACCUAGAGGCUAGCCUCCACUGAGGAGCCUCCCGUUCUACCACCGAAUAUGAGUAGAAGUCGACUUAGAAUACUGGUAGUGGAACCAUACUCUUAAAGGGACCAUGGUGUCUGCUGGUUCCUACCCUAUACCCAACACUGAAGGAAAAACAUCCUCUUUUUCACUGCUGGUCUCCCCGAUUCAGUUAUAUCACUGCCACAAUACACCAUUGACCAACUAGGCUGACCUCUUUUGUGUUAUUACUGACAUAUGAAUCAGGGGAGCACUCCCCUACUGUAUGUGAGCUUUGCUAAGCUCCUCGGAUUGGACAGGGGCUUGUUUUAGCGAGGUCAGCAUCUUUCUGCUGCGCCGCCCGCCCUCCCAGGCUCUACUGUGUUUUAGCAGAGGACAAAGUUCACAAAGCCCAUAGAGAGAACGAAUACAAGAGAGGGGAAGGAGAAAAAAAAAUGCAGCUGGCCUACUUUUAAGUCGACUCCUUUUUUUAUUUUCUAUUGUAGAGAUUUCUACUUGAUUUAUAUUAUUAAGGAGAGGAGUUAACAGAUUUUUUUUAAUGCACACAAACAGUUACAUACAUGAAUAGUUCAGUUUGUAUAUUUGCAGCGAAUAUGUGCUAGAAGUUGGUAUUUUUAGUUUUUAGUGCUCUGUUUUUAAUAUAUUUUGGGUUUUGAACUGGUUGUUUGAAAAGGGGGACAUAUUGAAAACAUUCAAUUCUUGAGAUAUAAAAAAAUAUAUAUAUUUUGUCAGUUAUUAAAGCCAUGUAUGUUAUUCUUUCCCUGAAUCGAGUUCACUUAUGUUUGUCAGUGACAUCAACUGGACGUUAGUGUAUAACCUAGAGCAAACUGUAUAGUGAUAUGUGAUAGUUUUCGAUUUAUUUUCUAUACUGUCUUAUCCUGAUGCACGCUGUCUGCUUUUCCGUGUGUUAUGAUUCAAAUUACAUUUUUUGGCGAACUGAACAAUAAUAUAAAACGCAACAUGUAAAGUGUUGGUAACGUGAGCUGAAAUAAAAGAUCACAGAAAUGGUCCAUACGCACAAAAAGUUUACUUCUCUACCAUAAGCCGCCUCCAACAUUGUUUUGGAGAAUUUGGCAGUACGUCCAACCGGCCUCCCAACCACAGACCAUGUGAAUGGCGUGGUGUGGGCGAGCGGUUUGUUGACGUCAACGUUGUGAACAGAGUGCCCCAUGGUGGUGGUGGGGUUAUGGUAAGGGCAGGCAUGAGUUACAGACAAUGAACACAAUUGCAUUUUAUCGAUGGUGAUUUGAAUGCACAGAAAUACCGUAACGAGAUCCUGAGGCUCGUUGUAAGGCCCAUAUUUUAUUUUAAGGUAUCUGUGACCAACAGAUGCAUAUCUGUAUUCUCAGUCAUGUGAAGUCCAUAGAUUAGGGCCAAAUGAAUUUAUUUCAAUUGACUGAUUUCCUCAUAUGAACUGUAACUAACCAACAUCUUUGAAAUUGUUGCGUUUUAUACUUUUGUUCACUAUAUAAUCAUAAUAUAUGCCAUGUAAGUAGGCGCUUUUAUCCAAAGCACCUUACAGUAUGUAUGGGUGGUCCAGGCAAUCCAACCCACUAUCCUGCUGCUGCAAAUGCCAUGCUCUACCAACUGAGCUACAUCAGACCACAAUAAACCCAAUAACUUUUUAUAGUUGA